ACGUAUAGGUCUUCAUGUUGGAGCAGUUCCUUGUUUCGACAAAUAUAACUACAUGAAUGAAAUGUUUGAAUGCAUUUAAAUCUUUAUAACGAUUAAUAUAAUUGGUCAAUUAUCACAAAGUAAAGAAAACAACAGUUAAACUAAGGGUAAAAAUGUUUAUUGGACAAAUAGAUGUCAAUAUUAUCGUUUGCCAUAUUUAUAUUAUAUAAGAUAAUAUUUAUCUUACUUCUGUUGAAAUACCCUGUGAGGCCACAACUUUCGCACAAGGAAGCCGUAAACCAUUCCAAAUUAUCGGAAUCAAAGACAUCGAAGUAAACAACAUGGCAGAUCAACUCACAGAGGAACAAAUUGCAGAAUUUAAAGAGGCCUUCAGUUUAUUUGACAAGGAUGGCGAUGGAACCAUUACCACAAAAGAACUUGGAACUGUGAUGAGAUCCCUGGGACAAAAUCCUACCGAGGCUGAACUGCAGGACAUGAUUAAUGAAGUCGACGCUGAUGGGAAUGGAACAAUAGAUUUCCCGGAAUUUCUUACUAUGAUGGCGAAAAAGAUGAAAGACACAGAUUCCGAAGAAGAAUUACGAGAAGCAUUUCGAGUAUUUGAUAAAGAUGGAAAUGGUUUUAUAAGUGCAGCUGAACUAAGACACGUGAUGACAAAUCUUGGAGAAAAACUUACCGAUGAAGAAGUGGAUGAAAUGAUCAGAGAGGCUGAUGUCGAUGGGGAUGGGCAAGUUAAUUAUCAAGAAUUUGUCCACAUGAUGUCAGCUAAUCUGUUUGACAAAGAUGGUGACGGUACCAUUACCACAAAAGAACUGGGAACUGUCAUGAGAUCUCUGGGACAAAAUCCUACUGAGGCUGAACUACAGGACAUGAUAAAUGAAGUAGACGCUGACGGAAAUGGAACAAUAGAUUUCCCAGAAUUCUUGACAAUGAUGGCGAGGAAAAUGAAGGAUUGUGACAAUGAGGAUGAGUUACGAGAAGCGUUCAAAGUUUUUGAUAAAGACGGUAAUGGAUUCAUAAGUGCAGCUGAACUUAGACACGUGAUGACAAACCUGGGAGAAAAAUUAACAGACGAAGAGGUUGAUGAGAUGAUCAGAGAAGCAGAUAUUGACGGUGAUGGACAAGUGAAUUAUGAUGAAUUCUGCAAGAUGAUGACAAAUAAAUGAAAUCAACGAUUACAUACUUGAAUGUGGAAAUCGUAUCAACCCUGAAAAAAAAUAUAUUUUGCAAUUCUCUCCAAGGUGUUGACGAAGUGCCUUGGUAAUAUUUACAGCAAUAUUGAACAAUACAUACAGUAUCAUACUGUUGUUGCUGGUCAACAUUUUGUGAUGCUUUAUAUUAGAACAUGUAUGCAUUUGAAACAAAUAAAAUUUGUAUAUUUUUAGAAA